AUGCCAGGUCUCUUGGAUCUUCCUAGUGAAGUCAUUCUAAUCAUCGUUGAAUACCUACAAGCAAACAUUCAGCACGUCGCAUUGCCAUUCUAUGAGCUCGGAGAUGCCCACCGCUAUGCCAUCAGCCAUAACCCACCACGGAGAGUUAGAUACCUGCGCUCUCUGUUACUCGUUUCUCGUCGCUUGAGUGACAUUCUAACGCCAAUAUUGUAUCGUAAUGUCAUUGUCCGCGAUUACAAUCGCGUCAACGAGAAGAUAUCGCUGGAUCAGCUCCAGUGGAGUCUUGAGAAGAACCCGAGUCUCAGUGAAGACAUCGUUUCGGCAUUCAUUCCAUGUGGAAGCUCUUGGUCUGACCGCUCUAUUGGCAAUGUCAUCCCUUUCUUUUGGUACGCCAAUAUGCAAACACUCACCAUCCACCAGUUUGACGACUGGGAGCCCCUGGAAUUUGAAAACGACUCGCAUGUUGGCACCUCGCCUGUGAAAUAUCUCACUCUCAUUGAUUGCGGGGCACAUGAGGAGUCUCUAGCCGCUGUAUUGAGCUGGCCGGCAGCUUUGAAAGCACUUCACUACGAUGCCAAUCAAGGCGAGUGGAGUGGCCAUUAUGGGGAUGAGCCGGCCAAAGAGUGGACUACUGCUGCUUUUGUGCGCACGCUACAAUCGCAGAAGAGGUCGUUGGAAGAAUUGACAAUGACGAGGCCGCGGCUUGUCCACGAAGGACUGGGAAAUGGACCUCGCAUCGAUCUAAGCGACUUCCAGGCCCUUAGGAUUCUUCGCAUUUACCAUGUCUUCCUUUGCGGGACUGAUGAUUGGCCUGGGGUCUGGAGAAAUUUGCCUCCCAACCUGGAGGAGCUGGAGGUCUCUUACGACGAUGGAGACCUCACCACCUUCCUGUAUGAGGGCGACGCGGUGGCUUAUGAUCCUUUUCUCCUUGAUGUGAUCAGGCAUAAGACGACACACCUCCCACAUUUGCACACGGUGACAAUCUACGCGUUUGAGAGGUUCGAUGAUUCUGAAAGUGAAUCUCAAGGUAUCGAGGAUUCAGCAGGACACUGGAAGCUGCCGUCUUCAUUGGCAUCCGAGGCCGAAGCUGCGGGGAUAAAGUUGGAUGUGUGGCUGAAAUUCGAUGACAGUCCGACUUUUGAGGGAGUUGACGUUUUCGAAUCACUGAUCAGUCAAACUGGCCCGUCUAGUCGGUCUAAACAAGGUGCGCGAUCUGGACAGAGUGUUCUGCCAAGCAAUCUCUCAGAGGAAUCUUCAACAAGGGAGGCCAAGGUUUACGGAAGCUACACCCAACUGCAGUUCUAA